GGAUAGAGAAUACAUCAUUAAUUGGAGGAAAUUUCGCUAAGUGCAAUAUGAAUGAAUCAGAAUUCAACAACGUUGAUAUAAGUGGAGUCAAUUUUAAUGGUGCACUUCUCUUCAAUUGUAAAUGGAAGAACAUCAGAAUCCACGAACUAAAUUAAUUGGUUGGUCAUGGUGGUAGUAUUAAUGUAAUCUGCUUUUCACCUGAUGGAACUACUUUAGCAUCUGGAAGUGGAGAUAACUCGAUUCGUUUAUGGGAUGUUAAGAGCGGAUAAUAAAAUGGCAAAUUGGAUGGUCAUAGUAAUGGUGUUUACUCAGUAUGCUUCUCACCAGAUGGAAAUAAUUUAGUAUCUGGUAGUGGAGAUAAAUCUAUCCGUAUAUGGGAUGUCAAAACAGGAAAAUAAAAAGCUAAAUUUGAUGGUCAUAAUAACUUUGUAUAUUCAGUAUGCUUCUCACCAGAUGGAACUACUUUAGCAUCUGGAAGUGGAGAUAACUCGAUUCGUUUAUGGAAUGUUAAAACAGGAUAAUAAAUGGUCAAAUUGGAUGGUCAUGAUAGAUGUGUCAAUUCAGUAUGCUACUCACCAGAUGGAACUAACUUAGCAUCUGGUAGUGAAGACAAGUCUAUACGUAUUUGGGAUGUUAAGACAGGAUAAUAAAAGGCUAAAUUUGAUGGUCAUAAUAACUUUGUAUAUUCAGUAUGCUUCUCACCAGAUGGAACUACUUUAGCAUCUGGAAGUGGAGAUAACUCAAUUCGUUUAUGGGAUCUUAAGACAGGAUAAUAAAAAGCCAAAUUAUAUGGUUUAAGUAGUUGUAUCAACUCAGUAUGCUUCCUAAGAGAUGGAACUACUUUAGCAUCUGGUAGCCAAGAUAACUCAAUACGUUUAUGGAAUGUUAAGACUGGAUAAUUAAAUACCAAAUUAGAUGGUCACUCUAGUUAUGUCAAAUCCGUAUGCUUUUCACCAGAUGGAAAUACUUUAGCAUCUGGUAGUAAUGAUAAGUCUAUCCGUUUAUGGGAUAUUAAGACUGGAUAAUAAUAAGCCAAAUUAGAUGGUCAUAGUGAUAAUGUUCGAUCUGUAUGUGUCUCACCAGAUGGUACUACACUAGCAUCUGGUAGUCAUGAUAACUCAAUCCGUUUAUGGGAUAUUAAGACUGGAGAAUAGAAAGCUAAAUUGAAUGGUCAUAGUCAUUUUGUCCUAUCAGUAUGCUUCUCACCAGAUGGAACUUAAUUAGCAUCUGGUAGUGUAGAUAACUCCCUUCGUUUAUGGGAUGUUAAGACAGGAUAAUAAAAAGCAAAAUUGGACGGUCAUUAUAAUGAGGUCAACUCAGUAUCGUUUUCACCAGAUGGAAAUACUUUAGCAUCUUGUAGUGUAGAUAACUCCAUUCGUUUAUGGGAUGUUAAGACAGGAUAAUAAAAAGCCUAAUUGGAUGGUCAUGAUAGAUGUGUCAAUUCAGUAUGCUUCUCGCCAGAUGGAACCACAUUAGCUUCUUGUAGUCAUGAUAACUCGAUCCGUUUAUGGAAUGUUAGAAAUGGGUAAUAAAAAGCCAAAUUGGAUGGUCAUAGUAAAUUUGUCUUAUCAGUGUGCUUCUCACCUGAUGGGACCAAUUUA